GUAUCAGUCAGCAUAUUCCAGUUCUUCAAUUGAGAACAACUGAGAUGCAGUUCACCAUUGCCGUCGCCUUACUUUGCUGCGCAAUCGCUUCUACUUUGGCUUAUCCGAUGCCCGACGACAUGACCAUGAAGCCCACUCCACCACCGCAGUACCCACUCAAUCUUCAGGGAGGCGGCGGUGGCCAGAGCGGCGAUGGUUUUGGCUUUGCAGUCCAGGGUCACCAGAAGGUGUGGACCAGCGACAAUGGACGCCACGAGAUUGGACUGAAUGGAGGAUAUGGACAGCACUUGGGAGGACCAUAUGGCAACUCAGAACCGAGCUGGAAAGUGGGAAGCACCUACACCUACAGAUUUCCGAAUUUCUAAGCUUCAUAAAUAUUUUAUUGUAAAAAACUUCACCAAAUAUUAUCUCGAUUGGUAUCCGAGUCUAGCUAUUAUAAAAACCAUACCCACUUUGUAUAUUCAGAUAAUUGCAAAAUAUAUAACCGAAUACAACG